AUGUCUGCUCAAGUACCACAGGAAGAAUUGCCUAUACUCGAAUCAGUCAUCAACAUUCGAAAUAGACUGACAGCGCUGAAGAAGAACCGGGCCGGAUUCAUCAAGCCUUCGGACGUGAAUUCUUUGUAUCAGGCCGUGGUCAAGCAAGGUGCGUUCAUUUCCCCGUGUGACCAGCUUAAUGAUGUCCGCAAUGACAACGAUACCUAUAAUAAUCGCCUCGAUACCACCCUUGCAGACGUCUUCACCCUUCUCUCUCUGUUCUACCUUACCAUAGGCAAGACGAGAGACACUCCAGCAAUCUAUUCCCAGCUUGCAUCCAUGCGACAAAUUCUAAACCAUAUGACCGAGUCCGCGGUAUACAACGAGUCAGACCUUGCCCCAUUUCAACGACGCCUCAGCGAUCUUCGCCAAAUAGUCCAGCGAGACGCUUCCGCCGGAAAGCAUCCGGAGGCACUGACGAAACUGCUUGAACGACAACUCGGCGAAUGCGAUGGUAUCGUCCGAGAUUUACAAGACGGUCUCGCGGUGCUGUCCGACGAGCUCGUCCCUGUCCACGAGAAGCUUGUCAACCUACGACGAAAGCUCGUGGCACUUGGCUCCAGGGAAGGCUCUCAUAAAGCUGAAUUGAAACCAAUAAUGGAAGAACUUCGAAAAAUUGAUUCGAAACGCGUGGAAGGACGAUUCCUUGGACCCGGAGGCAACGUUCCGUCCUCACAAGCAAAUUGUUCUUCGCUGCUCGAAAAUUGCUUUGAAAUCGCACAGGAAAUCAAGGCAACCGAAGAGUCCAAGAAUGUCCCGGAAUCGCUGAAGCCAAUCUACGAUCGUCUGAGCGAGAUCAGGAAGGAGCUAGAGGAUCUCGUCCUGACACAUCGAUGGAGUUUACGAGAGACCGAUUUAUGGAACUACUCGCUAAGUCUACAGGAAAUCGAUAAGAUGAGGAUCGACGGAAAAUUCACGGAUUCAGAGGGUAAUCGACCGAACGGUCAAUACGUGCUGUUAUAUCUGUUGCGCCGAUGUUACGGGCUCAUAUAUCGGCUGCUGUCGUCCAGCGAGCCCGUUUCGGAAGAGCUUAUGCCUAUCGCCAACAAGCUGAACACCGUCAAGAAAUGCUUAAACGAAGUGCUGAAAUACGGGGGCCCAUGGAGCCCACGCGAACUUUACCCUUAUCAACUAGCUCUUCAUCAAAUCGAAUCAAGGAGAAAGGACGGAAAAUUCAUAGGUAUCGAUGGUUCAAUCCCCGAGGGUCAGGGUAUUGUUAUGGCUCAUCUUAAUGAAUGCCAUGAGCUUAUUGAAAUGCUCAAAGAAUCAAUGGACGAAGCUGGCGAAGACGACGAUGACGAAGAGUACGAUGAUGAUGACGAUGAAGAAGAAGAAGCGUCAGGCUCCGAUGCGGAAACACCAUCAUGA